ACUGGACCGACUGGCUACCCUCCCCCUGGGUGUGGUUUACUUUAUAAGUACACUAAUCAUGACUCUGUAUCUUAUUCAGCUCAUCUUCGGACUGAACGGUUACAGCUCUGCAUCUACUAACACAAGUCACAACCAUGGCUGCGGUCACCAUUGAAUACUGUAAAGGAUGAAGUUACGCGUACCGCUACCAGGAAAUGGCCGGUGUCGUCCGGCAGGUUCCCGGUGUGCAGGUGACGGGAGUCAAAGGGAGGCCAGACAGCUUUGAGGUGUCAGUGAAUGGUCAACUGAUCUACUCCAAGCUUAAUACAGGAACGUUUCCUGUUCCUGAACAGGUGGCAGAGAUGGUGAAGCAGAUUGUCCAUGGAGAAAAAGUGGAGAAAACCUCCAAAUUGAUGCGUCUGAAGAGCAGAUGCUCUUACCAUUAGAAGAUGGAGGAUAAAAUAACAGCUGUAUUCACACUGCAAGAACAGUGGUUUGUUUUCUGUGGCUCAGACUGCAUUCUCUCAUGCACGCGUAUCUGACUGCAAAAAUCAAUUCAAACAUUGAAAUAUGACAUUAAAACAUUUAAAACAAAUUAUAACUGUUGACCAAAAUCAAAACGUUUAAGUCUCACCGUCGGCCAUAGAAGAAGAUCAGACCAUAUAUCGUCUUCACUGUGAAUACAGACAAGAAGAAGAUGAGAACAACUCUGAGGAGCCAGGCACUGAUCUGCACUUCUGUUUAUGAAUGUUCACGCUGAAAAACAUGUAGUGUGUGCACGAUGCAAGUCUAGAAGCUUUUCAGCCGACUGGAGUCUGAGGAACUGCUCUCAUCAUGUCCGUCUGGCAAGUGCUCAUAAAUAAAACGUCUCUGCAGCGGCAUUUACUUAGGAAUGGAAAAUCAGAAAAUGUAACUCUAUAUCAAGCCACAUAUAUAUUUCAUAUUUAGCUUUUCUCUGUUUCGAUAAAGUUUCAGGUCUGUGACAUGAUUGGGCACAAACUUAAAGGAAUAGUUUGCCAUUUUUGGAAGUACUUUUAUUAGCUCUUAGCUUGCCAAGAGUUAGCUAGAUGAGAAGAUCGAUAUCACUCUCAUGUCUAUUCAUUAAAAAUGAAGCUACAGCCAUCAGCUGCUUAGCUUAGCUUAGCAUAAAGACUGGAAACAGGGGGAAAUAGUUAGUCUGGCACUGUCCUGUCAACAAAAUCUGCCUGCCAGCACCUCUAACGCUCACUAAUUAACACGUUAUAUCUUGUUUGUUUCAUCCGUACAACAACCCAAGUGUAAAAAUUAGCUGUUUGAUGGGGAGUUAUGUGUUGGACUACUUCUUGGCCGGUACCAGUAACUUCCUGGAGUCUCCGCUACUUGUCCAGGCCAAGAAAUAGUCCCGCACAUAACGCCCCGGUAAACUGGCGAAUUGUCAUUUUUACACUUCAGUUUUUUGUAUACGGAUGAAACAAACAAGAUAUUACAUGCUAAUUAGUUAACUUUAGAUGAGCUGGUAGGCAGGUUUUGUUACCUUUGGACAGAGUCAGCUAGCUCUUUCCCCCUGUUUUUAGUCUUCAUGCUAAGCUAAGCUAACUGGCUGCGGGGCUGUAGCUUCAUAUUUCAGGUACAGACAAAGGAGUGGUAUCAAUCUUCUCAUCUAACUCUAAGCAAGAAAGCGAAUAAAUGUAUUUCCCAAAAUGAACUAAAUAACCAUGCUUUUAAUCUUUGUGUAGUCAGAUAUAAUAUGCACUGCUAAUUUUCAACAAAUUUUAACAAAUUGAGCUUUUUAAUGUAGGACAUUUUCAAAGCACCUUACACCA